AUGAUGCUGUUGUCUCCAAUUUACUUCUAUUUCAUAAUGUUGUUGAUGGCACAAACCAAACGGAUCUUUAUUGGCAAGUUGUUUGAUGGAAUCACAGAAUUAGAUCUAAUUAAAAGAUUUUCACACUUUGGAACAAUUGGAGGUGUUGAGAUUCAAGUUAAAAAAGAUGAAACAGGGAAACCAAUUAAAACUUUUGCUUUCUUGGAUAUGAAGACAGAUGAUAAAAGUUUGCAGACAUGUAUUUCAUUAUUGAAUAAUACAAAGUGGAAAUCCAAAGAGAUAUGUGUUGAAAUAGCCAAAGAAUGUUUCUAUCACAAAUUACUUAAACAGAUUGCUGAAUGUAAGCAACAAAACUGUGAAAUCAAAACAAAAGAAAUAGUGAAAUCUGAAAAUCUGAAAAAACUGGAUAUGAAAAGUGCUGUUCCAGGCACCAAGAUUCCAGGAAUAAAGAAGUGGGUUAUAUCAAAAUAUGGACGAGCUCUCCCAAUUGUUUACAUACGUCGCAAGGACAAAAAGAAAAUAUCCUUUCAGUUUUUGAAUUAUGUAAUUUUCUUUAAUUUUUACAAAAAAUUAUUAAUUCAUAAUACAAUUUACAUAAGAGACUAA